CGAUAUUUAUAAACAUAGUUUGUAUUUGGAUUUUCCCGCAAUUCGGCUGUUAUGUUUUCCCGGACGCAGAGCGAAUUUGAAUUCCAACACAAUAGUGCAAUACAUAAUACCAAACUCAAGAGGGUUUAAAUCGUUCUGAAAUGUGUGAUUUCGAAAUGGAAUACAUAAUUUAGCUGCAAAUAGCAUUUGUAUCAACGUGUUCAAUUGCCUACCCGCAUUCGUUUAGCAUAAAACACACACUUGCAGUGCAUGUGGAGUCCUGCGCAGCCGCAUAACAUCACAAAUCCCCUGAAACACAACACAUCGAAGCAUAACAAUUUCAUUACUCUGAGCAGAAGCGUGCAGUGAAAAGCAUGUCCGAGCAAAUGGACCAAAUGGGGUUACCGCCCGGUUGGGAUUGUAAAUACGAUUCGAGAACAGGUCGCUACUACUAUGUGAACCUGUUCACCAAAACGACGCAAUGGGAGGACCCCCGGGCCAGGAUCCGUCAGCUGCAAACUGGAGCACCACUUCACAUCUCUAACGAUAGCAUUUCCAUGCAGCCAGUGCAUGGUUCUCCCUAUCAUGUGUACCCUUCAAGUAACUCGUUCUAUCCAGCCCAGGCCGCCUUCCAGAAUCCACCCUCCGGUGUGCCUAGCCUCAAUGCUAGCCCAAACCUUGCCCAAAGACUGCAACAGCAACAGCUUCAGCAGCAACAGCAGCACAUCGAAAUGUCUCCGAUGGUACGUUCUAGCCCGCGUAUGGGUCUCGGCCGUCAGGGUAUGGUAGAGACAACGUUCACUACGAACGUGACGGCAGCGGAAACCGAUCUGACGGUGGCUAAAAUUAACUCCAUGUUCCCGACCGUACCGGAAACCCACAUCCGGAUGCUGUUGAAGAAGUACUACAACCGAGAAGCGGUCGUAAUAAGCGCCCUGCAGGUGGAGAAACAUCCGCUAACGACACCAGGUCCCUACUCAACCCCGCCGCUCGGUCAUCGUCCGUUCCACAACACGGCCAUGGGCGUUGUGUCCGCGUUCCAGAUGACACCGGUACUGGGAGGACGCAGCGAAAUGUCUAGCUCGCGGACAGGCAGUCCCGUACCGCGGCCAGCUAGUGGCGCUAGCGGUAGCUAUGCUGGCGGAUAUGGUGGCGGAUACGGAUCACCACGGAAUGGACCGGGGGACGGUUAUCGCAGCUCGCCAAAGCCACACUCGUCGCCGAAGAUGAAGCUGAGAUACAUGAAAAGCAUCUUUCCAAAAGCGGAAGAAACGCUCAUCCUCGACGUGCUGGCUAAUGCGGACAAUAAUGUACAGACUGCUUCCCAGCAGCUGCUAUCGAUGGGUUACGAUAAGCGCGAACAACCGAUUCCGCAGCGUAGUUCCGCAUCACGCAAAGGUACCGGAACAUCACAAGCUACCGAAGAUGACAAAAAGGAGGCACAGAAAACACCCACACCGAAGCUAAAGUCACCGGAAGAAAAGAAGAAAAUAAAAUCACGCCUUCAGACGAAGUACAAGGAUACGCCGGAGAAAAUAAUUUUAAUGGCGCUGGAAAGUGUGGACUAUUCGGAGGAGCGCGCUAAAAAGAUACUGAACAUUGUUAUCCAGGAGGAUAAGGAUAAGAAGAAGAGUGUCAAGAUUGAGGCACCACACAAAUCUGAGGAAGAUAAGGAAAAUGCCCGUGGUGGAGGAAGCGCUGGGCCAAGUCGAAGCAAUAGCACCGCUUCGUCACAACCCCGCACACCGCUGACCAAACGUGCUCACGAUGGAGGUGUCCUUGUCGGUGCCCCAUCGUCAUCGUCGGCAACAGCAGGAGCUUCCCAGGAACCAGGUUCAACUACGGUGGAUGGUGCUAAGUCAGCCGAACAGCAGGAGACGGGAGCUGCUACUACAAGCACAACCAAGGGCUCCGAUCCGGAAACGAGCCCACCCGGUACAACGGAGGAGUCAUCCAGCAGCGAUAGUACACCCGGCGAUGACUCAUCCCCUGACUAUCCGUCCGCGAAGGUGCGGGAGAACGGUGCACGGAACGGUACUGUCGGUGUUGGCAAGCAGAGCCGCCCGAAAGCCAAAACCGAUCACGCAAAGUAUUCUAUUUUUAGAACAUCCUCCUCGGAAGACGAAUCCAGCGAACAGCUGAUGGCAAGCAAGGGCUCCGAUGGCAAAAUGGAUAGCAAAUCGUCCCAGCUAGCGUGCCGCAUACCGACAAAGGGACCGAACAUGAAGCUGUUCAAGGGACCGAACGAUGAUUUGCUGCUUACCGACUACGUCACCUGGAACGGUGCCAAUCCGGAUCUUGCGAAGGGCAGUCAAAAGAAGGCAACCGGCCCAGAUCGAGCGAUACGCACGGAUCGUACGUACAAAGCGCACGGCCCGAAUGCGGAACUUUGCAAAGGUCCGGUCGGUUCACUAGCGAAGGGCAGCAUGUACUCGCAGCUGAUGAAAGCGGACGUGAAGUGUAACUAGUUGUGGAAUGCUUAAAAUGUUCUCCCGGCGCGAUGGAACCGAUUUCACGCCCCCCCCGGGGGACAUUUGUCCUUUUUGUAAUCUCCCCCAUUUUCAAAAUCCAUCCAAAAAUUAACGUGAUGUUUUGAUAGAUGUACCAAAUUGGCUGAUAGGCACAUGUGUGCGCACGUGUGCGCACGCUGUGUAGCAUUAGUGUUGGAGUUCAUUCCUAGUUGUGACACUGUUUAGAUGAAAAUUUGACUAUACUAAGAGAAGGUUGGAUGUAAGGGAAGAUAAAUUGGUCCGAUACGAUAUUGAUUUCAUACCGACUUUGCCGUGCCAUUGUUUUUUUGCCAUUUUUUGCAUUUACACCAAUAAUUCCAUUCAAACAAAACGGGUGCCAAUUUUUGUAUGAAGAUAACGUUCUUAAAGACGAUGGCCUAGUUUUUAUGUGUGACCUUAGUGUGUAUUACCCGUUUUUUGUUUACUUACUACAUUAUACUUAUUCAUGUACUAAAACAUAGGUUCGUAGAUGCGUAGAGAUCGUACGCGUGGCUGCCACGUGUUUAUUAAGCUAUUACGUUGCCAUAGAGACAGGAUCAGGAUGGCUUUCGUUACGUUUCUCAACCGUAUGAGUAAAUCAUUCCAAAGAGAAAGAUAAAACAAAAAUCAAAGCACGAUAAACAAUAGUAAUGUGCAUAGGGACACAGUUUACUUAGAUGAAUAGCAGCGACAUUUAGCUACCGGCUAACCUAUUGAUCCUGGCACCAUUGUAGUACGCACCUAGUACGCCACACAUUUGCGCAUAACACUAGGGGGGUGAAAAAGGAAGAGAAGCUCGCACAUUUGUUAUUGCAUACUUAUGAUAAUCUAUAGAGACGCGAUAAUAGAGGUGCAAUAUUUUUCUAGCAACCGUUUAAAACACACAGCAAAGAAUAUUAUAAACAAAGGUACUUGUGUUUGUGUGUGUGUGUGUCCAGCCGGUCCACACAGAGACACAAAGCAAAUCAAUUUCAAUUAUUAUACCAUCAACACAGAUGUAACGAGUUUACACUAGCAUCAUAUAUUCGAUAGUAGACGGCGAAAACCAGGCGAAUGUUUGUUAAUGGCUAGGCUAGUUUGUUGUUCGCUACACACUUAUUCUGCACGGCCGCACAAGAAAACCCUAGCAAAUGAACAAUACAAUCAACGCGUAUUGCUGUACGUACCGGAGGGACAUCAAAAGUUGGCCUCGUAUCCGUGUUCCCUCCUUUUGAUAGUACGUUACGUUUGUGCCUACAAUUUGCGAUGUCACACAGCUGAUACACGUACCGGAUGUACUGUUGGGAUAAUGUUAGGGAAAACAAAAUUAUCCAACAAUUCGAAACGUUACGUACAUAUGCAUACUAAUGUUGAAAACGAAUCAUUAGGACAAAAAUAGGUGUGAGUUUUAUAACGAUGAUGUCCUUUUUUUGUACCCUAGCGAGAUGAAACCACAUAUUAUCCAGAGCAUGCAAUCCACCAAAGAUCGCUAUCAGAGUCUAUUUUGUACAAAACAUUAGCGUUUAUCCAUACUUUGGAACGGGGUUUUUAAUUUGUUGGCAAACGUGUUUGUUUGUAUGUUUUUUUUUUAAUUUUUAGUGCGGUAGCUUAAUUCCAAAAGCAUAUCGUUUAUACUUUUGUCCAAUUUGACCAUUAAUUGCGAUACGAUCGGAUCAUAUACGGUGUGACAAAAAUGUACCUUACUGCAAUGAAGUAACUGCAAAUCAUUCGUCCUUUUUCCACGCAAUCUGCAUGAGCGUGUUACUUAAACAAUACAUACAUACAUACCUUUCUUCCAAAUGUUUGAUGUGCCGGACGGACGGGGAAAAUGCGUUCAAUGGUUCACUAUUCAUAAUAAAGAACAAUAAAGCAACAACAGUUUUCGGCAA